AACUCGCCCGCUUGACUAGCGCCCUGGAACAGCCAUUUGGGUCGCGGAGUGCGAGCACGGCCGGCCAAUCGCCGAGUCAGAGGGCCAGGAGGGGCGCGGCCAUUCGCCGCCCGGCCCCUGCUCCGUGGCUGGUUUUCUCCGCGGGCGCCUCGGGCGGAACCUGGAGAUAAUGGGCAGCACCUGGGGGAGCCCUGGCUGGGUGCGGCUCGCUCUUUGCCUGACGGGCUUAGUGCUCUCGCUCUACGCGCUGCACGUGAAGGCGGCGCGCGCCCGGGACCGGGAUUACCGCGCGCUCUGCGACGUGGGCACCGCCAUCAGCUGUUCGCGCGUCUUCUCCUCCAGGUGGGGCAGGGGUUUCGGGCUGGUGGAGCAUGUGCUGGGACAGGACAGCAUCCUCAAUCAAUCCAACAGCAUAUUCGGUUGCAUCUUCUACACACUACAGCUAUUGUUAGGUUGCCUGCGGACACGCUGGGCCUCUGUCCUGAUGCUGCUGAGCUCCCUGGUGUCUCUCGCUGGUUCUAUCUACCUGGCCUGGAUCCUGUUCUUCGUGCUCUAUGAUUUCUGCAUUGUUUGCAUCACCACCUAUGCUAUCAACGUGAGCCUGAUGUGGCUCAGUUUCCAGAAGGUCCAAGAACCCCAGGGCAAGGCUAAGAGGCACUGAGCCCUCAACCCAAGCCAGGCUGACCUCAUCUGCUUUGCUUUGGCAUGUGAGCCUUGCCUAAGGGGGCAUAUCUGGGUCCCUAGAAGGCCCUAGAUGUGGGGCUUCUAGAUUACCCCCUCCUCCUGCCAUACCCGCACAUGACAAUGGACCAAAUGUGCCACACGCUCGCUCUUUUUUACACCCAGUGCCUCUGACUCUGUCCCCAUGGGCUGGUCUCCAAAGCUCUUUCCAUUGCCCAGGGAGGGAAGGUUCUGAGCAAUAAAGUUUCUUAGAUCAAUCA